AUGGCAUCCAAAAAUGAGACAAAUCUUCCUUUUGCCCCAACAAUUCCAUCGAUGAAACUUCCAUCAAUCCCAUUCCCCACAUUGCCUCCAUUAACAAUGCCUCCAUCAUUCCAACGCCUUUUAGGAAUCACAACUACAGCGACUCCAAUUGAUGAGAGACAAAGUGUUGUGAUGAGUUCCGAUGAAUAUCAAAGAAAACGAGGGAAAAUUCAUGGAGUACGCCAAGAAAGUAUUGAUGACAAUGAUGAUAUUGAAAGGGGAUCCCCUUCUUCUGCUUCUUCUUCCUCUUCCUCAUCUUCCUUUCCAUCAAUGAAACAUCUCCGAUCUGUUAGCGAUCGUUUACCGAAAUUCGUUGAAUCUUCAUCAUCGGAUGAUCGGGGAUUCGAAAAAAGUAAAACCGAUUGGAUGGUCCCUUUU